CUACCAGCAAAUAGAUGGAGGACAAAUGGCUCAGUGACAGCUGCUGAGACAGAUACUAGCGUCGUCAUCACUGGACUAACACCAGGAGCAAACUUUUCUAUAAGUGUAGUGACUAACUCCAGUACACUACCAAGUAUUGUCACCCAUGGGCCAAAUGUCACCAUACAACAAAAGUUGCCUAUACUGUGGGAAACUUUGAGGUAAUUUCAGUAUCGGAAACCUCUCUCACAUUCUCCUGGAGCCAGCCCAGCACUGGGCCCACCUCACCACUGGCUACAACCUGACAUGUGUCCCUCUCCUGACUGGGAUCCCACUCUCCCCAGUCUCUUCCCCUGUUGGCAC